UCCAACCUACAUUCUAUGGAUCCAACCCAGCGUUUACCCUGCUUUUACCCACUGUAGCGCCGUCCACCCGCCAAACCCGGUGUUUAAAAUUCAACGAUCCGGAAAGACAGUUAUCCACGGUAGUGAGUCACCCAUAAUAACAAAGUACAAACUUCAUGUCGGCUCCAGUCGACUAAUAAGGUCCCAUGAAUCGAUAGGAAGUGGAUUUGACAGACUGUCAGUAUGGCAGACGGCUUUUUAAUGGAGGUGUGUGUGGACUCCGUGGAGUCUGCUGUCAAUGCUGAGCGAGGAGGUGCAGGUCGGCUUGAGCUGUGUUCAAGUCUUCUGGAGGGAGGGCUCACUCCCAGUGUAGGUCUGCUGCAGGUAGUGAAACAGUAUGUCAAAAUUCCAAUCUACGCGAUGAUACGGCCUCGUGGUGGGGACUUUCUGUACUCAGACCUGGAGGUGGAGGUGAUGAGGAAAGACAUAGAGCUGAUGAAAAGCCAUGGGGCUGACGGACUGGUUCUGGGAGCCCUGACAGAGGAUGGACGGGUGGAUGCAGAGCUCUGCAUGGAGUUACUGGCUGCUGCUCGUCCUUUGCCAGUCACCUUCCACCGAGCUUUUGACAUGGUUCAUGACCCAACGGUUGCUCUGGAGACUCUGGUAUCAUUAGGGUUCCAGCGUGUGUUGACAAGUGGCUGCGACAGCUCUGCUCUGGAGGGACUCCCUCUCAUUAAACGGCUCAUUGAUCAAGCUAAAGGCAGAAUUACCAUCAUGCCAGGAGGUGGGAUCACAGAGAGAAAUCUGCAGAGAAUUUUAGAGGGAUCAGGGGCUCAAGAGUUCCACUGCUCUGCCCGCUCCAGUAGGGAUUCUGCCAUGAAGUUCAGGAACACCUGUGUGACGAUGGGAGCUGUUUUCUCAGCACCCGAGUACGGCCUGAAGGUGGCAGAUGUGAGCAAAGUCCGCGCUCUCAAUGCAAUAGCCAGAAAUACCUUGUGAAUGGAUGUUGGACAAUCACGACAGAUGACAAAACAGAUACCUCAAAAGUGAUCACAGGUGGUUAUACUGGUGUGUCAUCAUUUAUUUUCAUCAAAGCCCAAAAUCAGUAGAUGAUUUCAGAAUUGCCAUAGAGAGCUGUUUUUUUAAUCACCGAUCAAACAGUACUUGUGAAGUUAGAGCUCAGGGACAGUGCUGCAACCUUCUGGGUAAUGCAGUCUAUCCAAAUGUCUCACAGCGCAGAGAGUGAUUAAUAAUUGUCGUGUUUACUUUGUAACUUUUAUGUGGCCUUAGAUAUAGUGUAAUAAAAUACACAGUAGAUUAUUAUCAUUGCGUUCCUAAAAUGAAAGAAAAGAAGUGAUCAGUGCUGCUUUUGUUUUCAACACAGUAUGUUUUCGAGUUGCCAUAUAGUUGAACUAUAUUUAUUUACAGCACUCCCCAUAUACAUUUGAAGAUAAGGCAAAGCUGUGACCUCCUGUACUUUAUUUUUUAUGACAAUGUGAAACAAUGUGACCUGAUUCAGAUUUUAAUUAAAAUCAAAACAUCUCAACA